AUGGAGGGAAAAUCCACCCCUUUCUUCUACCGUCAUGGGCCGAAGAAUGUCCUCCUUAUUGUGUUGAGCUUGCUCUGCUUGCCCUUGUCCCUGACAUUGACAGCCAUUGCGCUCUUGGUGGGUGGCAGACAAGGCUCACAGCGAUCGGCCGAUGCGGCCCCCAGUGGUCGUCGCAAGACCAUCUUGGUGACAGGCGUCUCCAUGACCAAGGGCCUCACCAUUGCGCGUCUCUUGGCCCAGCAUACCUCCCAUCGCGUCGUCGCCGCCGAUACGGAAACCAUACCGUAUACAUCGCCAGGGCGAUAUUCCUGCGCCAUCGCCAAAUUCUACGCCAUUGAAACGCCUGUCAACAACAAGAAAAGCCACUAUGUCCAGACCCUUCUGAACAUUCUUAAAUCCGAAAAGGUGAACCUGUGGAUCAGUUGCAGCAGCGUGACCGAUGCCAUUGAAGAUGGAGAGGUCCUGAAAACCGCGCAAGAGAUGCUGGGAUCCAGCUUCAAAGCUGUUCAAUUCGAACGCGACGUGGUCGCCAAGCUCCACGAGAAAGAUCUCCUCAUAGACUACAUUCGCGAUCUGGGUCUAGUGAUCCCCGAGUCCCAUCGAUGCACCUCGGUGGGACAAGUGGAGCAACUCCUCGGGCUUUCCACACGCGAUGGGUCUGGAGGACGGGGCGAAAAGCGAUUCAUCUUGAAGCCUAUCGGCGUGGACGACAAGGCCAGGGCCCAGAUGAUGACCUUGUUGCCCUUGGCUCACGGCGGGCUUGCAGCAACCAGCUCAUAUCUGAAAUCGCUCGCCAUUUCCCCCGAGCGGCCUUUCCAGCUGCAGCAAUUCAUCAAUGGUUCCGAAUAUUGCACCCACUCGUUGGUCGUUCGAGGCCGGGUGAAAGCGUUCGUGUCGUGUCCGUCCUCCGACCUACUCAUGCAUUACCAGGCGCUCCCUCCCACCGCGGCGCUAAAUCAAAAGAUGCUACAAUUUACUCAACGAGUGUGUGAUCACGAAGGGAAAACCUUCAGCGGCCACUUGAGCUUUGACUUUCUGGUCGACGGGACUGGAGAGGAUGCCACAUUAUACCCCAUCGAAUGUAAUCCACGGGCUCACACGGCCGUGGUCUUGUUCCGCGACACUCCUGCGAUGGCCCAUGCAUACUUGUCUGUCUUUGAGGAAGAUGGGGAUCCUUCAAAGUCCAGCACUGUCAGCACCCCGGCGGCGCCGGUGGAUGAUUACUACUGGAUCGGUCACGAUCUAGUCACUUUCCUGCUCAGUCCUGUUCUAGCUCUCUUGUGUGGAGCCGGGAGCUUCUCGGCGGUGCACAAAGGGCUGAAGACCUUUAGCUCCCAUCUGCUUUACUGGCGGGAUGGCACCUUUGCGAUUUGGGAUCCACUGCCGUUCCUCGUUCUUUAUCAUGUCUACUGGCCUAUUCGGUUCGGCCAGUCGCUCUUCAGCGGCCAGCAGUGGAGCCGGAUCAAUGUUAGCACAACCAAAAUGUUCGAGUGCUAG